CUUAUGAAAUUCGAAAAAGGCGAAAAUCAAAAAUUUGAAACCACGAUUUCCUCCUCCAUCGUACAAAGCAGAAACCAUCUCCUCUCUCUUCCUCUCUCACCUACAGUCUACAGACGAGCUCCAAAAUCUUUGUUUCCUCCAGUUCUGCUUCUCCGAUCCGACUAUCCAUCCCUCAACUAAUCGCCAAUCAAUUGGUCAAUGGCCGACGAAGCAGCGUCCACGGCUCAAUCCUCGUCUGCGGCGCCGCUGGGAUCUUCGGUCAUUCCUAUAGUGAACAAGCUGCAGGACAUAUUCGCCAACCUUGGUAGCCGUUCCACAAUAGAGCUGCCGCAGGUGGCGGUGGUUGGGAGCCAGAGCAGCGGGAAGUCUAGCGUCCUCGAGGCACUCGUCGGUCGUGAUUUUCUCCCUCGUGGUUCUGAAAUCUGCACUCGCCGUCCACUCGUUCUUCAGCUUAUCCAGGGGAAGGUGUCGGAUGGGGAGUAUGGAGAGUUCCUUCAUUUGCCUGGCAAGCGUUUCUACGACUUCUCGGAGAUCCGCAGAGAAAUUCAGGCUGAGACAGAUAGAGAAGCUGGAGGUAACAAAGGUGUCUCUGACAAGCAGAUUCGAUUGAAAAUUUACUCACCAAAUGUUCUUGAUAUCACCCUUGUCGAUCUUCCUGGCAUUACAAAGGUUCCUGUGGGUGACCAGCCUUCAGACAUUGAAGCUCGAAUUAGAACAAUGAUCAUGUCUUACAUCAAACAGCCAAGUUGUCUCAUUCUAGCUGUUACAGCAGCUAAUUCAGAUUUGGCAAACUCCGAUGCUCUUCAAAUUGCAGGAAAUGCUGAUCCUGAUGGUUAUAGAACCAUUGGUGUUGUAACAAAGUUGGAUAUAAUGGACAGAGGUACUGAUGCCCGUAAUCUGUUGCUUGGGAAAGUGAUUCCCCUUCGACUUGGUUAUGUAGGUGUUGUAAAUCGUAGUCAGGAGGAUAUUCUACUCAAUCGCAGUAUCAAGGAUGCACUUGUAGCUGAGGAAAAGUUCUUUCGUAGUCGUCCUGCAUAUAAUGGCCUCGCAGAUCGUUGUGGCAUGCCACAGUUGGCAAAGAAGCUGAACCAGAUUUUAGUUCAACAUAUCAAGGCAAUACUGCCUGGGCUGAAGUCACGCAUUAGUUCUCUUCUUGUUUCUGUAGCAAAGGAGCAUGCAAGCUUUGGAGAAAUCACAGAAUCAAAGGCUGGCCAGGGAGCUCUUCUCCUAAAUAUUCUUUCAAAAUACAGUGAAGCAUUUUCAUCAAUGGUAGAGGGGAAAAAUGAAGAAAUGUCCACAUCUGAGCUGUCUGGUGGAGCAAGGAUUCACUACAUUUUCCAAUCCAUCUUUGUAAAGAGUUUAGAGGAGGUUGAUCCAUGUGAGGAUUUGACAGAUGAUGACAUUCGAACUGCAAUUCAGAAUGCAACUGGUACUAGAUCAGCACUGUUUGUACCAGAAGUCCCAUUUGAAGUACUUGUUCGAAGACAAAUUGCUCGUUUGCUAGAUCCAAGCCUUCAGUGUGCCAGGUUCAUAUAUGAUGAAUUAAUAAAGAUUAGCCAUCGAUGUAUGUUGAAUGAACUGCAGCGGUUUCCAGUCCUGAGAAAGCGCAUGGAUGAAGUCAUUGGAAACUUCCUACGGGAAGGCCUUGAACCAUCGGAGACAAUGAUAGGGCAUAUUAUUGAAAUGGAGAUGGACUACAUAAAUACAUCCCACCCAAAUUUUGUUGGUGGGAGCAAGGCAGUAGAGACUGCAAUGCAGCAGGUCAAGUCUUCUAGGAUUUAUGUGCCUAUUUCCAGAUCAAAGGAUGGAGUAGAGCCUGACAAGGCACCGGCUUCAGAAAGAAGUCUAAAAUCUAGGGCUAUUCUUGCACGACAUGCUAAUGGAACUCUGGCUGAACAGGGAAGUCGUCCUGGGGCUGAUGUCGACAAAGUUCCAUCUUCUGGAAACUCAAGUGGUUCAAGUUGGGGUAUUUCAUCAAUAUUUGGUGGAAGUGACAAUCGUGCUUCUGUAAAGGAGAGUGCUAGCAGCAAACAAUUUAGUGAACCUCUUCAUUCCAUUGAACAAUCAUGCUCUAUGAUCCAUUUGAAGGAGCCUCCAACUGUCUUGAAGCCAUCAUCAGAAAGCCAUUCUGAACAGGAGGCUGUGGAAAUUCUUGUCACAAAAUUGCUGUUAAAAUCAUAUUAUGACAUUGUUCGGAAGAAUAUUGAGGACUCUGUACCUAAAGCAAUUAUGCACUUUCUGGUGAACCAUACGAAACGUGAAUUACACAAUGUCUUCAUCAAAAAGCUUUACAGAGAGAACCUAUUUGAAGAAAUGUUACAGGAGCCAGAGGAGAUAGCGACAAAGAGAAAACACACUCGAGAAAUGCUACGUGCUCUUCAACAAGCUUUCCGGACACUUGAUGAAUUGCCAUUGGAAGCUGAAACAGUUGAGAGGGGUUACAGUUUGGGGUCUGAUCCAACUGGUCUGCCAAAGAUCCAUGGUCUUCCAACAUCAUCAAUGUAUUCUACAAGCAGUGGUUCCACUGAUUCCUAUACAGCUUCUCCCAAAAACUCCAAAUCUCGAAAGUCAUCUCAUUCUGGAGAGCUACAAUCACCUUAUGCCCAUUCACCUUAUGUCCAAGCUGAUUCAAAUGGAAGUGGGCGUCAUUACAUGCCAGGUCCAUAUUCAAGUUGAUCUGUGAGCCAUUUGAAUAUGAAUGUUGGUCAAGGCAUCUCAUAUUCAUUGAUUUUCUGCCCAAUUCCUCAUUGAAGAUCAUUAGAUCACACCAUUUGGAGCUGGCUCAUUACAACAUUGAUACUUCUACCUAGGUAUCUGGAGGUCAGAUAUUGUGCAUUUACCUUGUUGCUCCAUAUACUUUUUCCUUGUGGUUCUUAAUACUAUAAUGUUAAGAUCGAUUGUUUGGAAGCUCCAUAAAGCAUAACUGCGAGUAUAUUUACCCUAUACCUACUGCCAGGAAUAAUAAUUUUUCACUUCUUAUCAUAUCAUCUUUACCGCAAUCCUUUAAUUUAAGUAUAUUGUUGACGUUAGUCCAGAGUACCCUGCUCCACUACGUGGAUGGAGUUCUUGUAUUCUAGUUCCAUGCUGUUUGAGUUCAUGUCAUUUUAUGUAUUGAUCUCAAGUCGAAAUUUUUGUCUGACGAUGGAUUACUAUUAUAC